AUGGUCCACCUCGAAUCCGUGGCAAUUCCAUCCGUACUUUUUGCAUCAUUUACUACCGCUUCACCUAAUACCCAGAGUGCGCUGCCGUACGAAGCAAAUGGGAUACAUAGUUUUAGUCAAAUUACUCCAUCGUCUGAUCUCCAAUGGAUACCAUGCUACAAUGGCUUUGACUGCGCCAAUCUGAUAGUACCGCUCGACUAUCAAGAUAGCAGUGUCGGUUCUACAACCAUUGCGUUUAUUCGUAAACUCGCUCCGGGAAACGUUGGUCAGGACCUUCUCUUCAAUCCUGGUGGUCCCGGUGGCUCGGGGGUACGAAGUUUGCUUUCUGGAAUCGGCGACCUCAUCUUGAACAUCAGUGGUGGACAAUACAACAUGAUCAGCUUCGAUCCAAGGGGCGUAAACAACAGUGGCAUCAAACUGACGUGCUUUCCCGGUCAACCCAAUAUCCGAGACGCAUACCGGAGUUCUUUCGAAGAGCUACCCCAAGCCUCUAAUCUCGAUGAAACCUACGCUCGCGGACUCGCAAUGAGCCAAUGGUGCACAAAAGCUAACGCAAACACAACUGCAAAAUACGCCGGUACCCUUGCCGCAGUACAAGACAUGCUCCACUUCACCACGCUCCAAGCUCGCCUCCGCAACCUCGAGAACCCCGAAGAACCCCUCGUCAACUUCUACGGCCUCAGCUACGGCACGAUCAUCGAACAAGCCCUCGCAUCCCAGUACCCCUCGCGCGUCGGCCGCAUAGUCCUAGACGGCACCGUCAACGCCAAAGACCACUUCCACGGCGCAAAACCAAGCGCCAUCCAAGACGUCGAACGAAGCGUACACCAGAUUCUUCACUCUCUGCCACGCCGCCAGUCCCGGCACCUGCGCUUUCUACGCCAAAGACGUAAAAAAAAGCGCUUCGACACCCUCUUAUCUAACCUCGAAAUCGAGCCGCUCAUCCUCUCCGCACCCACUUCCCCAACACCAGCCCCACAACUCAUAACCAAAGACGCGGUCCUCGCAGCAGCAUUUCACAUUCUCUACGCCGGCGUGACUGGCUUCCCGUUCCGAGCGCGCGGUCUUGCUGCCACGUUGGCGCGCGGGAGUGGGAAGGCGCAGGAGAUAUAUGUGCUUAUUGCUGGUGCGUAUUACACUGGGCGGAGUCAGACACGGGAGCGUAUGGUUUUUCGGGAGGUGUAUGGGGAAGUGGUGCGAACGAUUGUGUAUGCGGGGCGCGCGUAUGUGCUGGAGAAUGUGGUGGUGGGGGUUGUGAUUGAGGUUGUGCCGCCGGAGAGUCAGGUGUUUAGUGGGUUUAAGUAUACGAGAACUAAGACUCGGAUCUUGUUUGUGAAUCCGUCGGUUGAUCCCAUUACGCCUGUUGCGAAUGCGAGGUAUAUGGCGGGGGGGUUUGAGGGAGCGGUGGUGUUGGAGCAGAAUUCUACCGGGCACACAGUGUUGCCUUUUCUUGGAGAGUGUGUGAGCGGGGCAGUGAAGAGGUAUUUUGGGAUUGGGGAGAUGUCUGACGGGGGGAAGGUGUGUCAAGUUAAUGUGAGGGUUGAUUAG